UAUCUUGUGAUUCUCUUCUGGUUAACGAUUCUUUAAUAUGUUUCUAAAUCGUAUUUUAAAAAUAUCUCCAGCAUCCAUUUAUGUACUGUUAACUAAUCAUAUGUGUUAAUUCAAAGGUUAUAGAUAAUUUCACAAUCCAACCAUAUUACUUAUUUAUAGUCAUGAACCAUUUUUAUAAGUUAGAUUCAAUUGAAAUAGUUUACUAAACAAGGUCACUUUAGCAGUACAUUUGAGAACUGUGAAGGAAAUGUCAUCUGGUUCGUAUAUAGAUGCUGCUAGGACCAAGCAGAUGAAAGAUCUGCUUGGAGUGCGGCACAUACAGGCUGUUUUGCUGGCAGGAGCACUGUUUGUCAACCAUAUUCAACAGAGUAAUGUUGCAAUAACUGCUGUGGCUAUAACCAGUCAUAAUCCAAAUAUAACCUAUUGGCAAGAUGGUAAAGUUAGAGCAAGAGGAUCUUUCUUCUACUCGCUGAUUAUUUCCUGUCUUGUGGGUGGCUACCUGACCACUAAAUUCGAUAUUAAAAUUAUGUUGUUGUGUUCUACAGUUGUCGGCACAAUUACUACUUAUUUGACUCCAACUCUGGUCAAGUAUUAUAACUGGCAAAUUUUAAUUGUUAUCAGAAUUCUACAUGGAUCGUCCAAGGGAUUCAUUAGACCACUAGUGUAUUCACAACUUGUUCGAUGGCUGCCUCCGGAUGAAUUAAUGCUAAUGGGGCCUGUUGUUUUAUCAAGUCUGUUCUUGGGAUAUGGACUCAUAGAAAUGAUGGGAGGCUACCUCAGUUCAGGUCAGGGUGGAUGGCCUUCUAUCUUCUACUUCUCUGGUAACAUCGGAUUCAUUUGGUGUCUGGCCUACCUAGGAUUAGGAAGUCAGAGUCCCAAUGCAUGUUUUUAUAUUUCUGUUUAUGAGAAAAGAUAUAUUGAAGAAAGUUUACCGUCAGCCAUUCGAUUACCAUAUAGAAAAUAUAUUCCUCUGAAAAAGAUACUCACCUGUGUUCCAUUGUAUGCACUAAUAAUCUCACAAUCUGCGAACAAUUAUGCUUUACAAACAUUCGUUAAGAUAGUUCCUUUGUUUUAUGAAAAUAGUCUACAAUUGGAUGUUCAAAAAAUUGGCUUAGCAAUGGGUCUGCCUUUGUUUAGUAUUAGUUUACUUGUUUACAUCAAAUACUAUUUACUGAAGUUCAUGAUUAAGAGAAGGAUUGUGAAUCACUCGGAAGUUCGUCAUAUUUUCAAUGGCAUCGGUCAAUUUGGAGCUUUCUACUUUUUUAUGUACUGUGCUUUUACUGAAAAUUAUUAUGUGUGUUUCACCUUUCAUUGCAUUGGAAUGAUAUUAAGCUCAUGCCAACUGAAUGGUUUUUAUAUGAACUACUUUGACUUGUCACCCAACUUCAUUGGUGUAAUUGUUGGCAUUGGUGUUUCUUGUGCCCAUUGUUUCAGUAUAGCAGGAACUUAUAUUUCCUUUUCUCUUUACUCACAUUACUACCUGGAUCCUUCAGGUCCCCAAUCUAUUCUACAAGCCAAAGAAGCUAUUUACUUCUUCCUCGCUAUGUUUUAUUUUUUGGGUGGACUUCUGUGGGAACUUCUAGGCUCAACCAAAAUACAACCUUUUAAUGAUAUAAAAGAAACAGAAGAACCAGAUGAUGAUGUUUUCAAUGAAUCAGACAUUAUCAAGACCUAAUAAGUUAUCUGAAAUGAAACACUGUGAAAAUUAUAAAAUUAAUCAAAUAAGAAGUUUGAUUCUUUAACAUUGAAUUGUUGUUUUAUUAUAAACUCACUUACAACCUAUAACAAUGGAACACAUCUUAAAACAUUUUACCAGCUUGGGCCCAUUCAGUUCCUCAUAUAAAUUCCUCAGAUACCGACAAGUCUCCCUAACCUAAGCCAGAAAAUCUAAAGCAUUUUUUCCUACUUCUGAAAUAUCACAAUGACUCUGAAAAUAUUUAAACAAUACAAUCUUUAUAAACAUAAAAUGUAAAGAGAACCAGCCUAUACAGUUGUAACAACACAUCCUUUAUAGACAUAUCUUGAUUAAAUUCAAACAAGAUGACUCUAACCUAUAUAUUUGCACGAAAUAACAAAAUAAAAUAUAUU